AUUUUCAUAUUUUCGAGUUAAAACGGGCUAAAACAAAUGACCCAUUAAUCCUUAACCCACUAACUCGACCGGGUCUGGGUCAACCGCGGGUUGACAACCUUGGUAGGAAACAAGAGCGCAAUGACACGGUUUGGCUUUCUCGUUAUGCUGACGACGACGAUCUGUCGACACCGGACUACAACGGGAACCGGCCCCAGAAGAUGAGCACAAAAUUUGAUGACGCGGAAGCUUAACAAAAUCCUCAGGCGCCGACGUUGACCUUCGAACUGUAUGCGGGACCUUGUUCCUUCUGGUCAAUUCCCGUUGUAUUAUUUAUUAUAUCAUAUCUAGCAAAAGAUAAUAUAGUAUAGACCGGAUUUUGCUAUUAUGCUUAAACUUGUUUAUAGGUGUUUGAUGUUGUGGGAUUUGAUAUCUCCGAUUUAAUGAUAUCGGGUGUGUUGAAUGAAAACGGUGAUAUUUGUUAAAAUAUUAUCACUGUUUCCAUCCAACGAUGGCGACUUUUCAUGGUUGAUUCAAUGACAUUGAUAACCAGUCGUGGGGGGUGUGCAACGGUCCGGUUCGGAGCGGAGCAAAUUAAGGAGAAUCGUGGUUCGGUAGUGGAAGACAUUUUAGGACCAAAGAUCGGGGCAAUAGUACAUCCGAUCCUUUUUGGUCCGGAUUUGAUCUGUGGUCCAGAUGUCAUUUUGGUUCAUUUUUUCUUCGGUAUUUAUAAAAUUCAUGGGAUCAAAAAUAAUAAUCAUAUUAUAUUCAGUUCGGUAUGAUCUGAUCUAGUCCGGUACAGACCAACUCGUCGCCCACCCUCUAGUUAGUUGUAGUAUAUCCUCACUCCUCAGCUUUCUCAAAAUUAGACAUAUGCAACGGUCUAGAUCAAGUCGACCAAUGGACCAGACCAAACUCGGGCUGAACAAAAUGCAGACCGAUCUUUAAAAUUUAAUCCCAAGAAAUUUAUAAUAUUGAAAAGAUAGAUUAAUUUGAUAAAACGGAUUAAGUCGAACGGAAUGCUAUGAUACGCCGCUUAUCCUAAAAUAUUUUACUAUUUAGCCCCCAUCUCUUCUCGACCCAUCCGUUAAAUACUUAAAUCAGAUCGACUAAAAAAGUUUCAUCCCUCACACACAUGAGAUUAGGUUAUCCUGCUAUUGCCCGCACCCAAUUUUGGCCCGCUCGCCCUUUAGCUAACUUAAUCACCCCAAUUAACAAAAUAGACUUUUCACGUUCGCAUCACAUUUUCCCGGAAAUUUCAAUCAUUUUCUCCCUUCCCUGCCCCUUCCAAUUCUUCUUCUCAGAAUUAAGAAUCUCCCCCCGUAUCUCUCUCUCUUCCCGCGGAUCGAAAUCCAUCUCCAUCUCCGACUUCUUCUCCCUCCCCAAUUUCCUAUCUCCAAGUUAAGAAUCAAAGAGACGACGGAAGCGGCAGUAAUCGACGAUCACACCGUCUGUUGUUUGCCGCCGCGGCCUGCUUAUUGGACCGAGCUAUGCUUCACAGGAGCUUCAAACCGGCAAAAUGCAAGACGGCAUUGAAGAUGGCGUCUUCCCGCAUCAAGCUGCUGAGGAACAAGAGAGAAGUGCAGUUGAGGCAGUUGAAGAGAGAAGUUGCUCAAUUGCUCGCCGCCGGCAACUACCGGACUGCCAGGAUCCGAGUGGAACAUGUAGUCAGGGAAGAGAAGACAGUGGCGGCUUAUGAUCUUAUUGAGAUAUACUGCGAGCUGAUUGUUGCCCGUUUGUCCAUGAUUGAGUCACAAAAACUCUGCCCAGUUGACUUGAAGGAAGCAGUCUCUAGUGUUGUUUUUGCAUCCCCUAGAUGUGCAGACUUGCCGGAGUUGGCAGAUGUUAAAAAGCAUUUUAAAGCAAAAUAUGGAAAGGAAUUUGUUUCCGCUGCUGUUGAACUACAUCCAAACUGUGGGGUGAGCCGCUUGCUCGUGGAGAAACUGUCUGCAAAAGCACCUGAUGGCCCUGAAAAGAUGAAAAUCUUGAGUGCAAUUGCCGAGGAACAAAAUGUUAAGUGGGAUCCCAAAUUGUUUGAGGACGUUGUCAAGCCUCAUGAGGACUUGCUCAACGGACCUGCUACAUUUCAACCAGCUAGCGCAGUGCAUGCCCAAACUCAUAAUGUAGAGCCACCUCAGAAUUUCAACAGGAGUCAGGUUUCUUCCCAUGGAAAUCAUGAUACAAGCACGAACUCAUAUGCCCCUAACUACCAAACAUCUUCCCAUUUGCAAUCGCCUAGGACUGAUGAUUUCGGUUCAAGUGAGUCAAUGCCAUCAGUUUUCGGUAACGCAGAGCAGGGGACUCCUCCAAGUACAGGACCUGAAUCUGUGGAAUAUAGACAUUCAUAUGCUAGGUCAGGGGAAAUGUUUUCUUCUGGGAGCCACCAGCAUUGGAAUACAGAGUUCAAGGAUGCCACGGCUGCUGCGCAGGCAGCUGCUGAGUCUGCAGAACGAGCAAGCAUGGCUGCUAGAGCCGCUGCUGAACUCUCAAGUCGUGAUAACUUGAACAGGCGUCAGUCAAGAGAUGAAUCACAUUUGACUUCUGGGUUUUCACAUAGAGAGGAUGAACGACAGCAUCGUACUACUGGCUCUAGGUCACAAGGUCAGAGGUCUUACAAGGAUCCGGUGAAGAAUACAUCCAAAACUAACUCUCGUGUGAACCAUGAGCAGCAGACUGAUGACACUGAAGAAGAUGUCCUAGCUGCUUUGAAUGAAAGGUUUUAUAAUCUUAAGGGCCGGUUGGCUGCUACCUCAGAUUCCGAUGAUCCUCCUGAAGUUGUUUCUUCUCCGUCUUUGAGUAACAGGCAACCAGUAGAGAGGCAUUCCCGAACGAGCUCGUCUGAAUCAGAGAAGAGUGACAUUUCAAGUGAUGGAAAUAUGAGAAGAGCGCCCAGUGAACAUGAGGGGGACAGUAUUGGUGGCAACAUGAAUGAUGGAGUAAAGCCUGAAAGUUUUGAUUAUUUCGAUGAAUCAAGGGUCGAGCACCAGUCUAGUGUUCUUCGUACUCAUCCCCAUACAGAAAUUCCAAGUUUCGAUGAGAAUUCAACCUCAACUUGGGACUUUCAUCAGUCAGGUGAACAUGCUACUUCUGAGGAUCUUUUCGUCAUAGGACAAGCAAGAAGCCGAGUAAAUGCCCAGGAAACAAGUUCAUCUGAUGUUGCCACUGCAGUAUUCGAUGAUUAUGGUUCUGAUGAUGACGAGGCAUAUAAUUUGCAUGUUGAGGAUGAACUUAAUGCCCAACGAUCCAAUAUGGCCUCUCAUUUUUCUUCACGGACAAAUGCAUGGAGCCCUGGGCAGAAGAGCUUGUCUCCAAGGAAGUCAAGUUCUUCAUCUCUCUUUGCCACUGAGAGGAACCCUAGUUUUGUUGCUUCGGAGGGUUUAACUAACAAUGUGGUUCCAUCCAAACAGGACGAUUUGUUACCAGUGACCUUUGAUGACUCGGAUGGCCCGGGUUCUGAAAAUGAAGAGGAUGGUAGUAUUUCAUCUCAAGUCCAUUCCAGAAACCCGGCCGAUCAUCACCUCAAUGAAAGUUCAUCCUUGAUGGGAUCAUCACAGCUUGCUGAAAAUGAGAAUUUAGGGUACAAUAAUAGACAGACUUCGCUACGUCCAUCUUCAGCCAACUCCAUUGAAGGACAAAUGCAUCAUCGGAAUAUCCAGGGAGUUGGAGCUGAUGUUAUAAAAGCUGACGAUGGGCAGUGUGGCCACCCCAAUCGUUCUUCUAUCAGCUCUGCACAAUCUAGAUCCAAUUCAAGUGAUGUGAAUGAGAAGUUUAAAAAACCAGGACUUCCUCCCGCUGGAGAUAAUGAUAGUGAUGAUGAAAGUGGAUCUGGUUCUGAAGGUGGUAAGGAGUUGAACUUUGGAUUCCUGGCUGGGGGGCUUCGAAACAAAGGCUAUAAACACCCACCCUAUCUUAAAAAUCCUGCUAUCCAAAAUCCUUCACCAUCCAAACAAGCUGUUGAAGAAGAUACUUCUACUAGAAAUAUUCAAGACACAUCCAGUCAGGUACCUCACCAAGAAGCAAGUAGAAGAAGAACAAGCGCAAGAACUCAAGCUAGAUCAUAUAAUUUCAGUGAUGGUGAUUCAGUCAAGGACCCACCUUUGCAACAGAAAUUUAACAGUACUGAAGAAGGCCAACAUAGUAACCAUAACUCAGGAGGAGUUGAAGUGAACAAAGUAUCCGGGUCUCGAAGAACCUUCUUCGAUUCAGAUGAUAGUGAUGCCGAAAUGGAACUUUCUAAACAGAAAUCAGCCACAGGGAAGUCUGUUGCAGGUCAGGCAUUUUCCAGGCGCACUAAAGCUGCUGCUGCUUCUGAUAAUAGGAGUUCCCAUCCAAAGAACAAGAGCUCAUCACAGUCUUCAGGAAAUGUCGACUACGUUGUCCCCACUCGUCAAAGUCCUCCAACAUCUAACUCAAAGCCUUCAACAUUCCGGUCGAGUUCAGAAUCGCCAGUAUCCUCUGGGAAGAACAGCGUUAGACCAUCUGUCACAAAACAAACAUCAAAUCCCGCUGCUCCUAAAACAGUUCCUCCAGGAAACAAGGAAAGUAGUGCAAAGGCUUCUGGGUCAGCUGUGGAUCCCCCAUCCAGAGAAGAUUCCAUCAACAGAGCAAGUCACGUCCACCCUAAACUACCCGACUACGAUACUUUUGCAGCACACCUACUGUCUCUUCGCCAGGAUCGCCAGUAAAAACUUACGUGCCAAGUUAUUCAUUUAUCCCACACAUAAAAGGAUUUACUCUUUCCCAAACGUUAUUCUUUCCGAUUACUUGAUUGUUUCGUAUAUGGCGGAUACAGAUAAAUCGUGCUUUUUAUGUCCUUUAUAUCUUGCUGUAAAUUCCCCACUGUAAUUUUAAUUUUACAAAACGUUUUUGUUAGUUUGCAUAAACUGAGGCAUAUUCAUCUGUAGUGGAUAGAUUGAGAAUAUAAUUGUUUGUGGAGAAUGGAGGUGAUGAAUUAAGUGAAGUCAUAUUU